AUGCCGGUGAUGAAGGGGUUGCUGGCCCCGCAGAACACGUUCCUGGACACCAUCGCCUCGCGCUUCGAUGGCAGCCACAGCAACUUCAUCCUGGCCAACGCUCAGGUUCACCGCGGCUUCCCUAUCGUCUACUGCUCUGACGGCUUCUGCGACCUCACCGGCUUCGCCCGCACCGAGGUCAUGCAGAAGAACUGCAGCUGUCGCUUCCUGUACGGGGCCGAGACCAGCGAGUCCGUCCUGCAGUGCAUCGAGAAGGUGCUGGAUGGGAGGCAGGAGUACCAGACUGAGGUCUGCUUCUACAAGAAGGGCGGAGCCGCCUUCUGGUGCCUGCUGGACAUCGUGCCCAUCAAGAACGAGAAGGGGGAGGUGGUUCUCUUCCUCGUCUCCUUCAAGGACAUCACGGAGAGCCGGGGCAAGAGCCACCCGGGCGACAGGAGAGAUGGUGCGCCCUGGCCGGGGGCAGGAAGCAAGUGGGGCUGGGGGGAGAAUGCCAGGGGCAAGAAGGCGGGGAGCUCCCACCUGCGGGCGGCGCGCAGGCAGGGCCGGACGGUGCUGCACCAGCUCACGCGCCAGUUCACCGGCAAGGAGCGGGGCGAGAUGAAGAUCAACAGCAGCGUCUUUGGGAGCAAGCCGUCUGUUCCCGAGUACAAAGUGGCCUCGGUGCAGAAAUCCCGCUUCAUCUUGCUGCACUACAGCAUCUUCAAGGCCCUGUGGGACUGGCUCAUCCUGCUGGCCACCUUCUACGUGGCCGUCACCGUCCCCUACAACGUCUGCUUCACCGGCACCGAGGACAGUCUGGCCGCCGCCCGCAGCACCAUCGUCAGCGACAUCGCCGUGGAGAUGCUCUUCAUCCUGGACAUCGUCCUGAACUUCCGCACCACCUUCGUCAGCCAGUCGGGGCAGGUGGUGUACGACACCCGCUCCAUCUGCAUCCACUACGUGGCCACCUGGUUCUUCGUGGACCUGAUCGCAGCCUUGCCCUUCGACCUCCUGUACGCCUUCAACGUGACCGUGACCUCGCUGGUGCACCUGCUGAAGACCGUGCGUCUCCUGAGGCUGCUGCGCCUGCUGCAGAAGCUGGACCGCUACUCCCAGUACAGCGCCAUGGUGCUCACCCUGCUCAUGUCCAUGUUCGCCCUGCUCGCCCAUUGGCUGGCCUGCAUCUGGUACGUGAUCGGCCGGAAGGAGAUGGAAAGUAACGACCCCCUGACCUGGGACAUCGGCUGGCUCCAUGAGCUGGGCAAGAGGCUGGAGGCGCCCUACGUCAACAGCUCCGUGGGGGGCCCGUCUGUCCGCAGCACCUACAUUGCCUCCCUCUACUUCACCCUCAGCAGCCUCACCAGCGUGGGCUUCGGCAACGUCUGUGCCAACACCGACGCCGAGAAGAUCUUCUCCAUCUGCACCAUGCUGAUCGGGGCCCUGAUGCACGCCGUGGUGUUUGGCAACGUCACGGCCAUCAUCCAGCGCAUGUACUCCCGCCGUUCCCUCUACCACACCCGCAUGAAGGACCUCAAGGACUUCAUCCGCGUGCAUCGCCUCCCGCAGCAGCUCAAGCAGAGGAUGCUGGAGUACUUCCAGACCACCUGGUCGGUGAACAACGGCAUCGACGCCAACGAGCUGCUGCGCGACUUCCCCGACGAGCUGCGGGCCGACAUCGCCAUGCACCUCAACAAAGACAUCCUGCAGCUGCCGCUCUUCGAGACGGCCAGCCGGGGCUGCCUGCGCGCCCUGUCCCUGCAUAUCAAGACCUCCUUCUGCGCCCCCGGCGAGUACCUGCUGCGCCAGGGUGACGCCCUGCAGGCCCACUACUUCGUCUGCUCCGGCUCCCUCGAGGUUCUGAAGGACAACAUGGUGCUGGCCAUCCUGGGCAAAGGGGACCUGAUUGGGGCCGACCUGCCCGGCAAGGACCAGGUGAUCAAAACCAACGCGGACGUCAAGGCGCUGACCUACUGCGACCUGCAGUACAUCACCCUGCGCGGCCUGGUGGAGGUGCUGGAGCUGUACCCUGAGUACUCCAGCAAGUUCAUGGCCGACAUCCACCAGGACCUCACCUUCAACCUGCGGGAAGGCAGCGAGAUCGAGGGGCUCCUGCGAUUUCCCAGAUCCCCUCGGUUAUCCCAGCCUCGCCCCGAGAGCGGCGCCAGCCCUGAGAAGCCCCUCCACUCCAUCCUGGAGGACGAGGAGGAGCCCGACAACGUCUUCCACCCUUCGCCCGCCAGCCUGACCCACCGCAAGCUGCUGCUGCCCACCCUGCACAGCCCCGUGCGGCGUGGCUCUCUCAGUAGCCUGCUGGGCGACGAGCUGCGCCAGUUCUCAGCUCUGCGCCGCACCUGCCGCUCCCCUGCCCGCUGCAGCCGGGGCAGGAGCCCCUCUCCGCGGUGUCCGAGAGACGUCGAGAGCAGCAACGGCCGCAAGCCAGCCAAGCUCCUCAUCCCCUCCCUGCACACCUCCGGCCCCCCGGACCUGAGCCCCAGGGUCGUUGACGGGAUCGAGGAUGAUGGCGGGACAUCGGAGAUGCAAACCUUCCAUUUCAACGUGGAGCCGCCUAGGCAGAGCUUGGCCCAUGGGGGCGCUCGGCCUUCCCCUGAGAUCGGCGCAGAAGCGGAGGAGAUAAAGCAGAACGUCAGCAGACUGAACCACGAGAUCAAUAACCUCAACCAGGAAGUUUCCCACCUCAGCCGGGAGCUGCAGCGCAUGAUGCACCUGCUCCGGAGCCAGCUGCUGUGCGCCCCAGCCUUGGCCUGCCCCUACAGCCUCCCCGUUCUCUCCUCCCCGCCCCCGAAACCCAGCAGCGGGAGCGAGCAGCCGCCCAGACUGCCCCCAGCGGCAGUGCCACCUCGUCUGCCUUUGGCUCACGGCUCCAUCUCGGUGCCACUGUCACCACCGCCAGGGGACGCUGGAGUCUCUCAUGGCACCACCUCUGCCGAGGUCCCUGGCUCCCGGAGCUCGCCCCCAGACAGCCCCCGGGAGCCGGAGGGGCUCCACGCUUCCAGAGACUCAUCCCACGCGCCUUCCAGCCAUUACCGCCUGCCCCGGGCGGACGUGGACGGGGCCCACCUCCCACCGACACAAGCUGCCCCGCUCUGCGGUCAGACUCCCAGUCUUCCCUACUCGCUCGCAGGUUCCCCGGUCCUGUGCCCUCUGCCCUCGCCCCCUGCCGGCCCUGGCCCGGCCUUCCCCAACUGCUCCUCUCAGAGCCACCCCCCGCCACACCUCUGCUGCAGAUCAGACUCGGAAAGCUUCCAUUGA